AUGCUGUCGUCAUCGCCUGGGGGGAGGUCAACGAGUGUGGGGAGCAAUGCCGUCCAACUCGCUCGAGCGGCGGGCUACGAAGUGCUGGCCACGGCGUCUCCCAAGAACUUCGAGUACCUAAAGUCCCUCGGCGCAUCCAUGGUCUUCGACUGCAAGCAACCCGACACAGUUUCCAGGAUCAUCGACGCACUUCAAAGCAAGAGCUGUGCAGGGGCGCUUGCCAUUGGCGCGGGCUCUCUGGAGGCAUGCAUUGAUAUUGUCGCAGCCGUGCCGGGCCGCAAAUUCGUUUCUCAGGCCAGCCGCCCGGCGGACAUGAGCGACAUGCCCACCAACAUGGUUGGAUUGUUUAAGACAAUCUUCGGGCUCUUGUGGUGGAAUAUCUCGACCGCUUUGAGGGCGAGAUCAAAGGGGGUCUCCACCAAGUUCAUCUGGGGCGGCGACGUCGUGGCCAACGAGGUCGGUUCGAUGACUUAUCAGGACUUCUUGCCGGAGGCGUUGGCGAGCGGGCAGUAUCAUGCAAAGCCCGACCCCAAGAUUGUGGGAAAGGGACUUGAGAGCCUUCAGGGGGGCAUUGAUACCUAUAAAAGGGGUGUCUCUGCGGCGAAGGUGGUUGUCUCUCUUAUUUGUAAGGGAAGAACCAUCUAUGACCACUCUGCGACGAACACGAGCUCGUUCUCUUCGACGAAGAGCCUGGCACCACAGAAUGGCCACAGCGGCUACGUCAUCUUCAUUCCACUAUACGCAUGUGGCAAAGGACAUACAGAGGGCUCUUGCGACGACUCGGAUGCGGGAGUCAUCGGGGACGACGGCGUCGCUUGUGUCACCAAGAUGCUUCCGGGGAACGAGCCCGAUGGGAUCUGGGAUGUGGUCACUGUGGACUAG